AUGGUGGCCGACAUUCCACAUAAUAUUGAUAUACAUCAUUAUUGUGAUUCAUUACACGCUCGAAACGUAUACCGGUUGAGAGAUAGUGAAGCUGUUAUGCUUCAGUCUUACUUGCGAGUCAGGGACUUACCAAUGAUUGAAAACCCGGUUGUUUUCGAAUUCGAUCAUGCUGAAAGAUGUGAGGAAGUUGUCCGGACGCAGUCAGCGAACCGUUACUUCAAUCGCAUGCCUCUGCCUCGUAUUUUUCUCCCGGGUCACGAUUGCUGGACAAAUUGCCAUAAGGGCAUAAUGGCGUAUGAUUUGAUGUGGUCUGCAGAGCAUUUAGGGAUUGAGGAAAAAAUCGUAAAGUGUGUCAAUUUUGGUCUUAUCGAUUAUAUACGUUCUCGCAAUUUACUCAGAGGAAAAAUUCCUAAGCUCAACUGGGGCGAGUCAUGCUUUGAUCGUUUACCGUGGAAAUGGAACAUCAUUAGUGAUGUAAACAACAACGCUUGUCAACUGGAGCUCAUGUUCCAUGAUGAAGAUGAUGGAUUAUCUGUGUUUCAAUACAUAACGGAUCGUCACGCAGAUUUUAGAUAUCGAGAUGAUCAAUUGCAUCCAGUUCAGAUAACUGUUCGUCCCUCAUAUAACAUUCUGUUACCGGUGACUUACCAAGUAAGAGUAUGCUCUGACAAAUUUCUAAGAGAUCUUUAUGAAGAAGAAUGUAACGAGGUUGCUGGGUUGGGAGAUCGAAAUGCUUACUUGAAAAUAGGAGACGUUAGUUGGAAAAAUGGGUGUGAAGAAGAUGAUAACUGUUUUGGAGAAAUUCGAAUUGGAGGAUGGCCGUUCGACUAUGGCGCUUCGUAUGUGGAAUUAGCUCGCACCAAAUUCAGAGGAAAGGCAGUUAUAGAGACUGAUGUGCUAAAUGAAAAAAUCAAUCUUGUUGGUUGCGGUGCCGAGCGAGCUAUGCGCAAAUUGAGCUAUUUUGUGAAAAAUAGGAAUGAGUUUAUGUUGUCGUGUAGCACACCUGUAGAGAACUUCCUGUGCUCCCCGCUCAGAACUAUUCUCAUCGCUUCUCCUUGUUAUUUGGAAAAGUUGAGAAAAUAUGUUUGCUGUUCAAAGCUGGAAUUGGUUAACAAAACUCACAUCAACUUCGAGGGGACAGUGCAGCAAUAUGAUUUAUUAUGCGCGUUCUUUGGGAAGAUGGACAUUGAGGUACGUUUUUGAGU